UACAAUCGGGUGAUGUCGGCUAUAUUAGAAUUGAGCAGCUGAGUCAGAUAACCAAAAAAUGUAUUGUGUUGUGAAAUUUUCCAAAUCAAUUACAGAGCAGAAAUUCUCAUUGAUAUUACAAUAUUUUGAUCAAUAUUGGAUGUUUUUUUAUUCUCAAACUCGUAUUAUGUGAAAUUAUAAAAGGAUUUGAAGGAUUCAUUAAUUAUAAAUAACAUUAUUUAAUAUGAAUUGGCUGGUCUUGGAAUAUAAUUAACGCUCAAUAUAUCUAAAUUAUGUCAAGAUGUAUACCUGCAUCAAUUGUUCUCAGCAAGUUGAAGAACUUUACAGGCGUUAUAGCCCUAGUGUUCUCAAAGUACUGAAGUGUAGCAACUGUGGAAAUUUAGCUGAUAAAUAUAUCGAGUAUGAUCCUGUGAUAGUUCUUCUAGACUUGGUUCUUCUUGAAAAGCAAGCCUAUCGACACUUGCUUUAUAAUAGCACUUUCAAAUCAUACUGGAAAUUGAUGGUAGUCUUACUUCUGAGUGAGUCAUUCAGAGUAUGGUCGAAUUUUGGAAAGCAUGAAGUUCUUGAGAAGAUAGAAGAUAAAAUAGAAUAUAAUAAAAAUAUUGGAUUUGAGGGGGAGCAAAGUUUUUAUAUUCUUUUGGCCCACACUGGACUAUCAUUAGGUACAUUUGUCCUUGCUGUAGCUGUUGGAACAGAACUACGUUGGCUUUCGAUGGGCAAAAAGCCGAAAAAAUAUAAGGUUAUCGAUCUCUUCAGAGCAUUAGUUGUUGGAGGAAGUGCUAAAUUAUUGGGAUUACUCAGUCUGGUUUGGCGACAUGUUGCUCAGGAUCUCCAUUAUAUUCUGAUACAUGGUUAUACGAUGCUGUGUCUACUCACAGCAUAUUCAGUUGUUUGCGAGAGUGGAAGAAUUGGAUCUAUUAUUGGAUUAGCUUUCGGAUUAAUAGCAUACAACUACGUCUCUUCAAGUACUUUAUGGUUUCCACCAGCAAUGACGAAUACUACACUUUUAGAUAAAGAAAUUUAAUAUUUUUUGAAAGAUAUCAGUUAGCUUGUAUUUAAAUUUCCUUGACAGGUAGGACACUCCAACCUAUAACUAAUCUAUCAAAACCACAAGAAAAUAGGUUGCAUGGUGAUCCAGCUUCUUCUGCCCAAGCUACUGAGCAAACCAUUCUUCGAUGACCCUGCCAAAUUUGUCAUGUACAUAUGUAUAUUUUUUAAAUUAUUAACAUGAUAAAAGUAUUAAUAAAAAUGUCAAUAAUAAAAGAAAAAA